CUUUGCCUCAAGUAAACGGUAUCGCAACCAGGAUGGGAAUAACAUGAAAUUUAUGAAAACAGUCAAGCUCGGUGAAUCACAUGUUGGCUUAGAUAAAAUGAUCAAAUCCUCUCAACAACCUCUGACAUAUAGAACAAAAAUGCCUCGAUAUACUCAUAACGAAGACAUUUUUAAUAAUGUGCCUUAUGUUAAGCCUACUUUGGACAGAUCGAGGAAGAGUCUCUCUAUUAAUCCUGCAUCUGGUGACAACAUGAGGCCUUCACAUUUCUUUUUGACCUUAAACAGAGACCUUCAGAAGCAGGACAUUUACAUUGAUCAAUAUGAUGGGCCAUCAUCCCUUAUUACAAGAUCUCCAGACAGAGAGAAUAAAACUAUAAGGCCCAAUGAGAAGAAUCCUUUCCAAGAGGAGAGAGACGAACUUAGACGUUCUUUAUCCACGAUGAAUUUCAGUAAGGCUUCCUCUGGAAACACACUUCUUCCAGAAAUCUUGAGAAAAAGUGUAUCUAUUCCUGAAGGAAAUAGUUUGCUACGGAACUCAAAACAGCAGUUCCAAGAUUUUCUACAAGAGAGGCAGAAUCAAGAAAAUUUUAAGGAGCUUAAGGAGAAAAAGAAUUUUAUCACGAAAAGAGAGAAGCUUCUCAAAUCUGGCUGGAGACAUGGAGUCAUUGGAAUUGAAAACCCUAUUAAUCCUUCCAGUGAUGUGUACAACGAGUUACACAAGACUCAGUCUAAGAUACAGAUGGAGAAGGAUAUCAUUAACAAUAGAAGGAAGAAGUCGCUAAAUAAAUAAUCUGCACAAGGUCGAUAAAGAGAUUGACAUCGAUCACCAGUGGAAAUCUAAAAAGAUCAGCCCAGAGAGGUUCAAAGGAUCUCACAGUAGAAUUUUUGAGUCUCACAUUCCAACAAAAAGAGAGAUUAUGAAAGCUAGAAGACUUAAGGUGGACAUUUAAUGGUUUAGGCACUUUAUUCAAGGAAUUC